AUGCCGUCCUACUUCAUCACAGGUGUUUCUCGAGGCAUAGGAUUCGAAUUCCUGCGACAGCUCUCAAGCAGUCCGGAAGAUACCGUCAUUGGCCUCGUCCGGGACAAGGCCGCAACUGAAGCCAAAAUCGCGAAGGUGUUUGGUGGCAGAUCAAACAUCCACAUCGUCGAGUCCGAUCUCAACAGCUACGAUGGGCUGAAGAGAGCUGCCGAAGAAACCUCCAAGAUCACUGGAGGUCGCCUAGACUACCUGAUCGCGAACGCUGCGUUUAUAUCGCAAUGGUCUGCUUUUGACUCCUUGGGAGAAUUGGGCAAAGACCCGCAAGGCCUGGAAAAGGACCUUCUUCAGAACUUCAAGACCAACGUGGUCGCGACGAUUCACCUGAUUAACCUUUUCAUGCCCCUGGUCUUGGAAGGUGAUGGAAAAAAAGUCAUCACCCUGUCGACAGGUUUUGCUGACACAGAGAUAACGACUCAAUACAACAUGCCUGCGGCUGGACCUUACUCCAUUAGCAAAGCAGCCGUAAAUAUGGUCGUAGCCAAAUUCAGCGCGCAGUACGCUGAAGAUGGCGUUCUGUUUUUGGCCCUCGCGCCUGGAUUGGUUGAGACCGGGCAAUUUGAAUCAAUGACCCCAGAACAAGGAGCGAAAGCGAUGGCCCUCUUUGAGAAGUUCAAGAAGUAUUCGCCUGACUUCAGCGGUCCAAUCACAACGGAAGAAUCUGUUAAAUUGAUGAGAGCCGUGUGGGAGAAAACUAGCGUGGCUAACGGAGACGGUGGCGCGUUCCUCUCGCAAUUCGGAAACAAGCAAUGGCUCUAG